CACGCGUUGUGCGUCUGCGACAUGAAAGAGGCGGACGCGCCGAUCGUGUACGCCAACGAUAACUUCUUCACGCAGACGGGGUACGGCCCCGCGGAGGUGAUCGGGAGGAACUGCAGGUUUCUGCAGGGCGACGGCACCUCCGCGGAGACGGUGCGUGAGAUGCGGAAAAAACUCGCGAGCGGCGAGGAGUUCGUCGGGAUGGUUCUAAACUACCACAAGAACGGGACGACGCUCGUGAACUCGCUCGUGAUGUCGCCGCUGAGAGACGCGAAGGGCGUCGUGACGCACUACAUCGGGAUUCAGCGGCUCGCGGCCGCGGAGUCGCUUCGGGACGCGCCGGCGGAGUAUCAGAUCAGAGCGGCGUUGUGA